AUGCCUCCCAAAUCAAAAGCAAAGGCUACAAAACCUUCUGUCGCACCUGUAGCGAAGCAAACUAUCGCCCGUCCGGAUUGGCCAGCCCUUACACCUGCAUCCCCAGCUUCAGAUCUUGCGUGCUCAACUUUGUUACCCGCUCAGAUCUUGACGAUACCACGCCUCUUCACUUCAUCCUUGAGUGCCAAAUACGUCUCAUUUCUAAAAUCUUUGCCACUGGUCACCACUCCCGGACGCCCAAAACGCGGCGAUGCUGUACGCGUCAAUGAUCGAUAUCAAAUUGACGAUCCCGACUUUGCACGCCACUUGUGGGAACAGACUGCACUCCAAGAAUUGAUUACGGCAGGUGAAGUGGACGGAGAAUCACUCGAUGUCAAGCAACGUCAAGAUCUGUUCGGCGGCGAAAUUCUAGGCCUCAAUCCGAACAUCAGAAUCUAUCGAUACUCAGAAGGACAAUUCUUCGACCAGCACUAUGACGACUCCAACAAUUUGAUGUUCCCCAAGGAAGACGGCACUAGUGUUCCUGCANAAGACUACAUGGACACUGUUGCUAUAUCUGACAACUUGUGGGGAGGUGAGACUGUCUUUUAUCCUGAUCCGCCGACCAGAAAGGCAGCUCCUCCUCCACCAGUUGAGGCAAGCCCAGAAGUCGGCCUCGCAUUGUUGCAUCGACACGGCAAAGAGUGCAUGGUCCACGAAGGGCGUGAAGUGACGAAAGGUGAAAAAUGGGUAAUCAGAAGCGACUUGUGUGUCAAGCGAUGA